CGGCAGUUGUCUCGCUUGCAAAAAUGCGUCCUACGGGUUUACAACCAAACUCGGCAGUCGCGCCUCAACAGCAAGUUAUGCAGCCUGUGUCGCUGCUCCAGACCCCAGAGGAAAUCAAACGAAAUACAGUGGGGCUGAGAUCAUCGAACUCCCCGCACGACCUCUUGCAAGCUGCAGUGGAC